GGCGCGGGCGAGUGCAGUGUCUCACCRCUGUACUGUGUACUUGCUCYUUAUAUCUGUCGCUAUUUGGACAAUACUGAACGUGCCUCUGUUUCUUAACGUCUUUCUAUAAUGUAGUCUACCUCCGCAAAACGCUCYAGACUGAGCAGACGGGACUCGUCAGUUGUGUUUGGGAAGUUUAUAUUUUCUUCCAACAGAUGCGCAUUUAUUUUUUUAUUGUUUUGGACCUCAAUCAUUGGACACUGUUGUCGUUUUAAGAUUCGCCAAUACACCGGGUCUUCGGACAGACUGCGGUGGUCACGGUCACCCUAAAGGAAGGGUCUGUGAGCUGGGAUUCUCUCCUUCCACUCCCCCUCACACACACACACACUCCCUCGCAUAGACACUCUGCAGGAUGAGGGAAGGCUGGAGGUGCUUGCUGGGACUGUGCCUCCUGGCACGCUCUGCCUCCCCCGCCUCCCCCCACGGUGCCGCCAACCCCUUUGCUGGGCAACAGAUGCCCCCAGACCCCUGCUACGAUGACGCAGGCGCCGCCCGCCGCUGCAUCCCCGAGUUCAUCAACGCCGCCUUUGGCAAGGAGGUGGCCGUGUCCAGCGUGUGCGGCUGGCCGACGUCGUCGCGCUCUUGUAGCAUGGUGGAGCGCAUUGAGGAGCGGCCUUCAGUGGGCACCUGCCAGAUCUGCGACGCAGCGGACCCAUGGCGUGCCCACCCGCCCUCCUACCUCACCGACCUCAACUCGGCCCACAACCUCACCUGCUGGCAGUCGGAGAAUCUGCACACCUCGCCAAACAACGUCAACCUCACSCUGUCGCUGGGAAAGAAGUUUGAAAUCACCUACGUCAGCUUGCAGUUCUGCUCGCCCCGCCCAGAGUCACUGGCAAUCUACAAGAGCAUGGACUACGGCAAGAGCUGGACGCCUUACCAGUACUAUUCGUCCCAGUGCCGGCGCAUGUACAACCGGCCUAACAAGGCGGCCAUCACAAAGCAGAAUGAGCAGGAGGCCCUUUGUACCGACGGCCACACUGACCUCUACCCCCUUUCCGGAGGGCUCAUUGCCUUCAGCACUCUGGARGGGCGGCCCUCCGGGAAAGACUUUGACAACAGCCCUGUGCUCCAGGACUGGGUAUCAGUCACCGACAUCCGUGUGGUCUUCAGCCGGCCCCAGCUGCCCCGCGAAAUAGGGGCAGGAGAAGUGGGGGGGAUGGAGAGGGGAGGCCAGCCGGAUGAGGACCCAAUGGUACCGUCCACGUCUCUGCCGGCGUACUUCUARGCGGUGGGGGACUUCCAGGUGGGUGGGAGGUGUAAGUGCAAUGGGCACGCCUCACGCUGCCUCAAGGACAAGGAGGGCAAGCUGGUGUGCGACUGCAAGCACAACACGGAGGGGCCCGAGUGCGACCACUGCAAGCCCUUCCACUACGACCGGCCGUGGCAGAGGGCCAGCGRCCGUGAGGCCAACGAGUGUUUACCGUGUAACUGCAACCUGCACGCCCGGCGCUGCCGCUUCAACAUGGAGCUGUACAAGCUGUCAGGGAGAAAGAGCGGCGGCGUGUGCAUGAACUGUCGCCACAACACGGCUGGACGCCACUGCCACUACUGCAAGGAAGGCUUCUACCGGGACAUGGCCAAGCCCAUCGCACACCGCCGCGCCUGCAAAGCCUGUGACUGCCACCCGGUGGGUGCGGCAGGGAAGACAUGUAACCAGACGACGGGCCAGUGCCCCUGUAAGGACGGCGUGACGGGCAUCACCUGUAACCGCUGUGCCAAGGGCUACCAGCAGAGCCGCUCGCCCGUGGCCCCCUGCAUCAAGAUCCCAGUGGUGAACCCUACAGCCAUGGUCAGCGGCAGCACAGAGGAACCGGCAGCAGAUUGUGAGUCAUAUUGCAAACCAGUGAAAGGGAAUCUGAAGAUCAACAUGAAGAAAUACUGCAAGAAAGACUAUGCGAUGCAAGUCAACGUGCUGGACAUGGAGACGGUGGGCGACUGGGCCAAGUUCUCUGUCAACGUGGUGUCUGUCUACAAGAGCCGUGGAGAGCCACUCAAACGGGGCGACAACGUCCUGUGGAUCCACAUGAAGGACCUGGCUUGCAAGUGUCCAAACAUCCAGAUGAGCAAGCGCUUCCUGGUUAUGGGCACUAGCGAGACCGGGCCCGGGGGUUCUAGGCCUGGGGGGCCCAGAGCUGGACCAGGGGCCGUAGGGGCCACUGCGGGAGCAGAGCGGAUAGGGCUCCUGGCCGAUAAGAACAGCCUGGUCAUCCAGUGGAGAGACAUUUGGACACGGCGCCUCCGGAAGUUCCAGCGCAAAGAGAAGAACGGCAAGUGCAGCAAAGCAUGAUGGGAGAGAGAGCAGCACCCCCCACCCAUACUCCUACCCCCCAUGACCCCUUCCUAGCUCUCAGCUAGUUCACAAACACGACCCCACCCCCGACCCCCUAAAAACCCUGAACCCCAAAGCGGGGACACUGCACAUUACAGAGACUGCAUGUAUUUUGGCUGUUUUAAGGACCACUUUGUGUAUAUUGUAUAACUAUUUCAUUUUUAUUUCCUGUUUUACUCAUGGGACUCUAAUCUAUUGGUCUGCCUUUAAAAGGGACCAUUAAAAAGGGUACGAAGUGUAGACGAGUGGAUACCAUUCCCUUUCUCGACAACGACAGC